AUGGAGGAUUCUGAGAAGGUUUCCCUGUCACAAACCGAGGAGCAGGUUAAAGCGUUAAAAAUCGGCAGUUCAUCGGAAAAUAUAAUCAAAUUGCUCCGUCGAUUCCUCGCCGUACAGCAACGCCGUGCCCUUGCUUAUGCCCGCCUUAAACGUGAGAUAACAGUCGAAUUCAACGAUUGUUCGAAGCAGGUACUUGAAUUGGAAUCACUAUUCGCAAGUCCCGAUAGUUGCAGAGAGGAUCUAGCACACUUGUUCCGAUCAGUUCAAGCGCAGGAAAAAGAGAAAUUGAACUUAACAGCUACGAUUCAGGUGCUGAAGAAAGCCGGUCGGCCCUCAGAACGUCUGGUGAGUCAUGAUAAUUGCCGAUUCAGACACUCAACGGGACAUGAGUGCCUUCACAUCCAGCAGAUAACCGAAGCGUCUGGCACAGAAGAGGCAGAGGCCGAUGCUCAGUAUGAAAAUGCACUCAAGGAAGCCAUUAAAGGCGUGCAGGACACAAUCCUCGCAAUUAACCAACACUUGGAAGAAGUCAGGUACGAGAUUGAAGCUCUUGAGGCCGAAUAA